GGGAUGUCACUUGAUUUAGUUUUGUUAUCUUCCUCCGCUGCCUUAAAGAAGUCUCACCAAACACAUUGGCUCAAAACAAGAAAUUCAUAUGGUUGUGUUACCUUAAAAAAAAUUACCAAAUAAAUGUACUCAGAAUAAGAAAGCCAUCUGUGCUACUCAAAGUUUACACACAGAAAAUAUGGUCCCACUAUCAACUAGGUCAUAAGGUGAAUAGGUGAAAUUCUGAAUACCUAGCAGUAGAACAAACAAUACAGAAACCAUUGAAAUAAGUAUGACCAGAGAUCUGAAAGAGUUGAAAUCUGUGUACCUUUACUUAAAACUUCAAGUAAACCUCAACACAUUGAUGUCUCAAGAGGAAAGUUGGCUGCUCAAUCAGUCUAGGAAGUACUGAAGUAAUUUCAAUUAGCACACUUUUUAACAUUUUUGAUAUUAAAGCAAUUAUUUGACAUAACACAUCUGGCUACCCUAUGUGUUAAAUCCCAUUCCAGUUAAAUCCCUAAUAAGUCAAAUCUGUAGCCAUAGUUAAAAAGAAGUCCAAAAAGAGAAGCAUCAUCUUUAUAGUCUCUUCAUAUUUUUAUAAGUAGGAAAAGGUAAGCUGUAGAGUGACUGUGAUUCAAAUAAAGUUGCUGAUAAACUGACUAAAGGCUUUGAGGGCUUUAGCAGUGAUUUCUGUAUUGUAUUUAAAAUAUUCUGAAGUGGAGGAAUUGGUUCUAACUGGAUUACAUAAACUACAGAGAAAGAAACUGAAAUCAUGCCAGCCAGAAACCUGCAGCACUCAUUUGCCACUGACCUUGGAGUUUAUACCCAGAGCCUGCUGGGAUGACAGCAUGGCAAAUGAAUUCACAGGUUACAAAAGCUUCCCUUUAACAUUUCACUGGUUACUUUUUCAUGGAUUUCUAGGUGCUAGCAUAGUUACAUAACUCUUGUAAGCAGUGCAAAUAGUUUCAAAACAGCACUCAUCAUAAAGUAUGGAGAUUUCAUGGGCUCCUGAUAUUUCUGGAGCUUGAAAACUGAUAGGUUUCAUUUGAAGUGUUAUGCUAAGCCCUCAAAUAGGACUCAAAUUUGUUCAUAUAGAUAUACUAAAGGAAUAAAAACCUAAACAAAGAGAAAAAAACUACUCUUCUUGUAGUCAUCCCUCCGAUGAGAGGAGAAACCUAGUAAAAGAGUGCGUGUACAUAUGUCUGAGCAAACAUCAGAAAGACAAAGUUGAAUUUCAAGCCCCAUUUCCCUCAGUUAAACCAGAUGCUUCUGGUAGGGGUUGACUUGCAGUUAUCUGGGGGAAGUCCUGAGCUUGUACUGAAUCAAAGGGACAAGAGACACAACUUAAAAUACUGUUAAAAUGAGCUUCAGAAGUUGGUGUGUAGGUAUCUUGAUGCCAUGCUGAAAACCAAAUGUAAUAUAGAUUUCUUCCUAGGGAAUGUGUAAGAUAAUGAAGUAGCCCACAGAUUAUCCACCUACAUUUGAUUAGAGGUGGGGAGGAGAGCGACAUGGAAAGAAAUCUCUUAAUAUAUGAGCAUGGCUGACUCAGUUAAACCAAGCCAUAACCAUGGAGAAUUUCUCACUGAAAUUGCUGAGUUGACAUAAAAUUUGUAUUUCUCUCAGGUGUAUAUAGCAAUUAUUCCUCAAUAAAAAGGGAAAAAUAGAAAAUAGACAUUUCUUUGAAGAAAAUUGACACAGCAGUUGAACUAGGCAAUGUUUACAAGAUUUCCACAGACAAAGUUCUAGAAUAGAAAAGACUUAUUUUCACAGACAAGGUUCAUGUUUGUAUGGGUUACUUAUUUUCUCAUUGUUUACUAAGUAAAUAGUAUGAAUCUACGUGUUGCAAGUCACAGGGGUUUUCUGAUAAGUAGCUUCAUUUCAGAGGCCUUGAUAUAAAAACACAGCUCCCACCAAUUUCUGCUUGCUGACACAGACUUCCUAGGGGUAGGCAAAAUGGCUUUUCAUUCUGUAUUUCUCGUUUUCUUAGCUGGCCUGGCACUUUGUUCUGAAGCUGCACCAUUGGUAAGUGUCUAAGGACUGAAGUCCUUCCACCGAUGUAGUCCCAAUUAUUUGCUUUUAUUGUUUUUUCAUUAUUAUUUUGAUUUUACGGUAUGUACUGACUGUAGUUCUCUGCAAUUACUCUUUUCUGGUCCUUCUUUUUCCUUCUCUAGUGAUUAGUGAGAGGACUUUAUGGGUAGAGAAGUAGCACUUGUCGUUAGACACAGCAACUACAUGAAAAGCAACGUAAAACAAGAUAGGAAAAACUUGUAUUAACUAGACAAAAAACCUUGUCCAUUCAUAACAUAAUGAACAAGCUAUGUCAUGAGGAAUUUCAUCUCCGGUUGCAAAACCCAUGCUAAAGAAAUCCAUGCCUUCUCUAGACUUCUGCCUUACUGCUCUACUCACUAAAGCUUAAUCCCAUGUAAGUAAAGAGCAGAUCUAAAGUCAGGAUUCUUCUUCCAGAGGGCUCAUUUAUCCCAGGAAAGCAAGCUAAAGACUCAGAUGUUUCUGCCUGAAAUUCUCCUGCAACAGCCUUGUCUCUCUCUCUCUCAUCAACUACUCAUUUUUCCUCUCAACUCUCAUCCUUGGGAAAAUAGUACCUGACUAAUGCUGUUGAGGAAUUAGGGUUUCAUUGAACUCCUGGGGUGCAAAAGUCAGGAAAAUCAGAGGUGGCGGUGCAGCUCUUCUUGCCAAGGCCUCAUGAGUAUCACCAGUGGGGAGCCACUGCACUCCAGAAAGGGAGCAUGGGGAAUCUGGGCAUACAGGCAGUAUAGAUACAUGCUGACAUGUUGGUAUGACACUAGUCAGGGUUCCUGGCCAGUGGAACAUCCCAGAUUGUAAGAGGGCAUGAAAGAGAGGGCUGUUAAUUUUUAACCAUCUACACCACAAUGAAUUUUACAAUGAUUAAAUGGAUAUCAGUGACUGCUAUUUUGAGAUCAUCCCUGAUUAGCACCUUCUACAAAGCUCUAUUUUCUCACUCUUCAUCUGCAGGAUUGGGUAAGGUCAAAGCACUGAUUCAAUUCUAUUUUUGAAAAAGUAAAACAUCAGGCCAUAAUCACUACUUGUGAUGGAUGCAUCUGGAUGAAACUAUAGCCAUCCUGUAUUUGAUGGAAAGUUUUUCUCUCCUAUCCUUGUGUAGCUGCCAGGGUUGACAAAUCUGAUUCAACAUGCUGUCAGGAGAGAGUCCGUAUGUGAUGCUUAUCAUGUUUACAGCAGAACUGUAACUCUGUGGCAACAGAGAUAGCUCUAUGGUGCUGGGUAUCAGAGGCUCUCAAAUCCAGAAAGCUGUGCUCAAAUUGCCAGUCCAAUAUGCAGGGGAAGAGUUGGUAGAUAUUUAAACAUUGCUACUACCUUUGAGGAUGCAAUUAUUUCCUGUUGAGGCCACAAUUUCGUUACAGCUUCAUGCUGGAGAUGAUGUGUACUAUGCUGUGCCAAAGAAGAAAUAGAAAUGUGGUCUCACACCUGCAGUGCCUCCUUGGUGUGCAUGGCUACAUGCCCAACAGCUCCUGAAACCUUCCUUCCUGGCUCUACCAUAUCCAGCCCCCAGAAAGCUUCAGAUUAUGUUUCCUCAGUACACAGCAAUAUUCUCAUGGAAAAUAUGGUCUCCACUGUAGAUCUGGAGAAUUAUAUUCCUUACUGUUUUAUGAUGAAAUGUCAUGCUUCUUGCAACAUAAAAAUUCUCUCUCUAUUGCAGGACCAUCCUGAUGCCAAGCGUCCUCUUUCUGUAAAAGUUGUAGAUUCUGUCCGAGGAAGUCCAGCUACAAAUGUUGCAGUUAAAUUAUACAAAGGAACUGCAGAUGGAUCUUGGGAACUGUUGAAUUCACAACAAACCAAUGAAAGAGGAGGCCUCUCAGAGCUUACAACGAAAGAACAAUUUGUAGCAGGGUUAUACAAGCUUGAGUUUGAUACAGCCUCUUACUGGAAGAGUAUGGGCUUGAAUCCCUUCCACCAACACGCUGAUGUGGUAUUCACAGCUAAUGAUGCUGGUAAUCGGCGUUACAAGAUUGCUGUUGUGCUCACUCCCUUCUCUUACUCAACCACAGCAGUAGUUAGCGAGCCAGUGGAAUAAAAGCUGACAUUGAGCACGAAAAUUCAGUUGUAUAAAUUAAAAUUUCCAAAAAUGAUAAGAACUUGGUAUCUGAAUGUAUCAACAGCUUCAGAUUUCAUAGUAAAUCACUAACAGUAAGUUUUUUAUUCACUUUGUUAACUUUAGGAAGAAAGUGUAUUGACUUUGUUUUCAAAUAGUCUUCUGAAUUGAAGUAUUCUGCAUUUCUGUAUUGCCAGUAUUGCCCUUCUGAAUAAAAGUCUAGGAUUUGAAAAAAACACAUUAACCUCAGAAAAAAAAUGUAUUGAAAUCUCAUUAUGGGGACUCGGAGAAUAAAGCAGUCUUCCAUGAAGCUGAUAAACUAAAUUCUUCUUGCAAAGGAAUUGAACAAAACACAUCUGUGAAAGGUGUCUCAUGAAAAGCAAGCAGACAGAAAAUACAGUCCACCACUACCAUCUCCUAUGUUUUAUUAAUGAAGCUCACAACAGAUGAAGUCACAUGGGAUUACUCACUCAGGGCCUCACAUAAUUAUCAAGAUAAACUCACCUCUCAAUUCUGAUUUUGGAGACAUAGAAGUGAAAGCAGGUAAAGGUGACAGAAUAGCAGAACAGCAUUUACAGAUGCUAAGCAGACUACAGAUACUUAAAAUGCCUUCUUUCCUGUUUUCCAAUAUAUCAUAACUCGUAACAUUUUCAAGAACAGACCAGAGGCCUGUGUUUCAGAAAAGUAUAUCACUUGAAGAAGUUUAUUCAUGUAUUUGCAGAAAAUUCUGCAAAUACUUUCCCAAGUUAAAGUGCUCCCCAGAAUUACUUGCAUACCUCAAACCAUCAGACAUUUUCAUAAUAGCUGUAAAAUGCAAACAAAAUUAAGCAUAACUGAUGAAUCCUGAGAAAAUCAGUUUCCUAUUUAAUGCCAGAAGAAAUAUGGAUGAAUCCUUCUAUUCCCAUUCUAGUAAUUCCUAUAUAUAGGGUAGAACCAUUAGGGGAUUCAACAGAAGAACAACCCUGUCUUGGAAAAGUAUGCAAAAAGGUUAAGUCACUUAAACUAAUAAAGCCCAAAGCUGAAAGCCUGUAAAUACAAAGAAAGGGAAAAUGCCCUGCCUGCCUAAGGCCUGAUCCCAUCACAGCCUAACCUGAUGAAUUUGGACAGGUGUGUCCUUUCUUUUUGCUGUUGCUUUGGGGUACUGAGCACUAAAAAAACUAGCAUUUUGUCUAGAAACAAACCACAAAGAUAAUAUCUUUUCCACAGAAUCUCAGAAAAAACAAACCAACACAAUCUUUAGAACAUUAUAUUUCAUAAAAGACAAUGAUAAAAAAGUACAAACAUUUUCAUGAACAACAAAAAAACCCAAAACUAUGAUAGUACACAGGAAAUUCCCAGCAUUUGUUUCAGUGCAUUUUUUCAUUGAGCCUAUCUUACAUACCUCUACAAAUAAAAUAAUCUUAAGUACACUUCCGCUUGCUGAUAUGCAAUGGAUCGUUUUAAUUUUUUUUAACAGCUGGCUCAUUAGUAACCCACUACAACAAUUAGUAAACAUAACAAUAGAAAAAUAGAGUGGCAAGAUCCAAGAAAAAGGACAUUUUGCACUUGCUUUUCAACACACUGCCUAUUUGCAAAAUGGACUUUAUAUUUUAUUCUCCUACUUAAAUUUGAAAUAUAGAAAAUGGGCUUGAGAGUAUCUUAGCAUAUUAACCAGAUUCUACUUUUAAUAGUUCUGUAAUGUUUUUACUUGCGAAUUUGCAAGACCUUCAGAAUCUUGUAAAAUACUUCCUCCUUCUUCUCCCUCCAUAUUCACUCCUUGAACACAUCCCUUAUUUGCCUUGUCAGCAAUUCAAAAGCCUAUGUGAUUGGCUUCUCUCUACAUUUUACAAGAACCAUGAAAUUAUCAAAAGGAAUGUGCACAACUCUUAGUUCUGCAUUGUAUUUAUUUGGUUUGAAGGCACUGUCUAUGUUAAAAUUCACUACAGAAGAGUACUGAGUUCAGACAGGUAGUAUACAAACACUAUUUUGAUGUAACUUUAGAUGGCAACUUCUAAAACUUCUCAACAAAGUGAUAAAAGGUUUUUAGAGAAGAGUGUUGGUCAACAAUUCAUAAUUUAACAUCCAUCAUUUUGGGGCACCAAAAUGCAAAAUUUUUAAGAACUCAGCUAUAUGUCACAAUCCAUUUACAUACUGGUUUAAUUCACAUUUUUCUAGGACCGUACAUGAUCAAUCACUUAAAGCUGUAAAGUUAUAUUAGUUCAGCCACAGCAUAUAUGUAAUAUAGUAUGCAUAUAUGUAAGUAUAUAUACAUAUAUAUGAAUUAGAUUGCAUUAAAUUGCACAUAAAUUUCACAGAAUACCUAAGAAAUGGGAACAAAAGCAUGCUUCAGAAAACAGUACAGACCUACAAUACCAAAGGAUGUUUCAUAACUGUAGAUGUGAAAUUGUAGGUGCACCUGUACUGAAAACCAGAAAUCACUUCAAAAUUACAUGAGGGAUUUAAAAAUUUAUUCAACUGUUCUUAAAGAACUGUAUUAAUCUGCCAUGAAAUAAGACUAAUAUUAUUUUGAAGAUAUAAUUUUUUUCAUACAGUGUAUUAUCUCAGCUUUCUCCAUAUGGUUCAGAAUGUUCUAUACACCCAGUUAUAGAAAAAUCUAUCAGGAGGUGAGCAAAUCUCUUAAGCAUGCUUUUGAAGGAUGUUUUCUUCACUUUAUGCUUUUAGUUAUUCUCAUUGUAUUACAUCAUUCCUAAAGCAUAUUAGAUUAACUGGUAGAUAUUAAGGUAAUUCCUGUAUGGUAUAAAAUAUCUCUUACAAUUGUUCUCAACUACUAAAUUAAAUAAUAAUAUUUCUACUAAAUAUUUGGGAUGCUUACAGCUAAGCUCAUAACGUUACUGAAGGAUGGCUAAGGGCAAAAUUUGCUGCUGGGAUGCCAAAGAAAUAAAAGGUGUUUAUGGCAAACAAAAUAUAAAAAGCACCACACCAUCUGUGGCAGCAAUUUAAGGUACCAACAUAUAAUAAUGACUUAAAGUUAGGAUUCUUUGUCAACACUCUUACAGAACACUCUAUGGAUAAACAAUCCUUAUUAUAUAUACUGCUUUCCAUUCUUUAUGGGAGCAGAAGUCAGUCUUUGGUUCCUAAAGAGUUGAGUAACUGUGACAAACAAAACCGUUUAAUAUAUCUUGGUCACUAUAUUCGCAUUAACAUAGAAAAUAAAUGACCUGGUCCUUUUCCUUUGUAUUAACAAGGGAUGUAAAAAAAUAUUAGUAAAGAUAAUAACGCUUAGCAGUGGGAUACUUUUAGGUAGCAUAACAUUACAAACAAAGAGAAAAUAAGAAGAUAAGGAAAGAGGCUAGUUACUCAUACAUUUAACACCACAAAAAUAGAGAAACAGACAGGACCAAUCCUUAGCGGGACUGUGCAACCUCAAUCUCAUUGACAGUCAUUGACUUGAGGAUCCUCAGUGCAUCAUAGAAGCACUCAGCACUCUACCAGGAUAGGCCCUUAAAUAGCUAUAUUUAAUAAUAUAUUAUGAGUGGAAUUAUAAAAAGCACUUGAGAUUGGCCUGCUUUCUGUUCCACUUAUGUCAUCACCAUCCUCAUCAGCAGAACAGCACGACCAACACUGUGCUUCUGAGAAUCCCACAAUGCAAGCAUUUCAACUAUCAGAAUUAUGUUUUAUUAUUCUCUUAAAAAUCUAACUUUAAUAUUCUUCCAAUGAAGACACAUUUUUGGCUCUUCUGAUUUUGGAGGAAUAAAAGUGCUGUUUACUAGAAUUUAAAAAAAAACAACAACAACAA